CUCGAAUUCAUUUCCAUUUCUCCUUUCCUCUCUCAUUUUUUCCACAUAGGAAAAAUGACAUCUUCUUCUUCGUCUUCUUCAUCCUUCCCACAUACCAAAACGACUUUAUUUUCCCCUUCUUCUUCGUCCGAUGGAGACUUCGAGAGAAUUGUGGAAAUGAUUGUCGAUAUGCAAACGAUUGUCAAAGAACAUUUCAUCAACCAAGCACCCGAAAGAAGGAUAUUCACCGACACGACAUUUCAUCAACCUGCCCUCUCUCUCCUCACAAACACAAACACCUGCACGGAAAAAGCGCCAUGGAUAUUCACCCAGACGAAGAAGGAGAAGCUAAGCAGGUUCAAGUGCGCUUCAUAACGAAGCUACAACAGCCGUACAAAGUGCAGCAAGCUUCUAUCUCCAUACCUGCCAAUCUCACUCGCUUCGGCCUCUCUGCACUCGUCAACAAUCUCCUCCUCACAUCGAAUGCGGAUUGGACAACGGAGCCUUUUGAUUUUCUCAUUGAUGGAGAGCUGGUUCGCAUGUCACUUGAAGAGUUCCUUCUUGCCAAAGGCAUUUCUGCUGAAAAAGUACUUGAAAUUGAAUAUAUUAAAGCUGUAGCUCCUAGGAAUCAAGAGGAGCCUUCUUUGCAUGAUGACUGGGUCAGUGCAGUUGAUGGUUCUAAUGAUGGGUACAUUUUGACCGGAUGUUAUGAUGAUUUGGGAAGAGUAUGGAAGGCUGGUGGAAUUUGUACACAUGUAUUAGAUGGGCAUUCUGGCCCCUUGACUUCUGUGUGUAAUCUGAUGCCCAAAGUUGAUAGUAUUGUCGGUCAAGUUGUUGCUACUGGUUCAAAGGACAGAACGUUGAGGUUGUGGAAGUUUGGUGAAGAGGAUCCGAUUGAUCAAACAAAGAAGAUUAGAUCAGUUAAGGUAUUGCGGGGUCAUACUGAUGCUGUUCAGAGUAUUGCAGCAAUACCCUCCGGUGAUGUGGUGUGUUCUGGUUCUUGGGAUUGUACUAUCAACUUAUGGAACACAACUGCUAACGACCCCGAGGACUCAGUUUCAGUGAAGAAGAGGAAAAAGGGUGGUCAAGAUAAGGAGGCUCUAUCAGAGGGUGAAGCUUUAACAACACUAGUGGGACAUACACAGUGUGUAUCUUCUGUUGUCUGGCCGCAACGUGAAACAAUUUAUUCAGGCUCUUGGGAUCAUUCUAUCAGAAGAUGGGAUGUUGAGACGGGGAAGGACUCUUUCACCAUGUCCUGUGGCAAGGCUAUUAACUCUCUUAGUAUUGGAGGUGAGAGUUGUGCCCUUAUUGCUGCUGGUAGUUCUGAUCCUGUUCUUCGAGUAUGGGAUCCUCGCAAACCAGGAACUCUGUCUCCUAUAUUCCAAUUCUCAUCACAUAAUUCUUGGAUAUCUUCUUGCAAAUGGCAUGAUAAAUCAUGGUAUCACUUAGCCUCUGCAUCAUAUGAUGGAAAAGUUAUGCUGUGGGAUCUGAGAACUGCGUGGCCAUUGUCUGUAAUAGACACACACGGAGACAAGGUUUUGUGUGCUGAUUGGUGGAAAGGUGAUAGUGUGGUUAGUGGUGGUGCUGACUCCAAGCUUCGCAUUUCCUCCGGAGUGUCAGUGAUGUGAUCAGCUGAUUAUUAUUCUCUGCUUAAUAGCUGCAAGCUGGAUCAUUGCUUUCAUUGUACAGAUGCACAUGUAAUCUCCGCCCCCCUCGUGCAUUGGUUAUCUUUUGAUAUCUGACUAAGCUGAAAACACAAUCUAUGAGAGUUUAGAUGAAUAGUUUAUGUAGUGGAGCUAAACUAAGCAAAUUUAUUUCUCUCAGGCUUCUCUUUGCAUCCAGAGUAGUCUCGAGCUUCUAAUUCCUCUGAUCGAACAUGACGGUGACCUGAUCACAUAGUUCUUGCCGGAAGCUGAUGUGCAAGAUCUGCGAUCAUGAUGCUGGUUUACAGGAGUUUGCCUGAUUACUGGCUUAAAAGGCUACUGAAUGAGAUAGCAUUCUCUAAUUAAGUCGAUGUAAGCUUUUGAUCACUUUCCACCCCAUCUAAAUGUGCUCUGCAGAUUGCAUUUUUGGAAUAUAUCUUGUUGACCUAACUCUAACCCCUAUAACCGAGACAAUGAAUAUAUUCAAAUUCUUGUUCAAUGAGAAUAUUGUUGUUAUUGAUUCUUUUA